AUGUCGUCAACAGGAGCUCCAAAUGGCUCUGACGGGGACACCGCACAGGCAGCUGCCUCGUCGAGGCCCUCAUCUGCUGCACCAUCCGCACCACCAUCACAGCCGCCUCCCCUGACAGCGACAACUUCUUCCAUCACCGACUCGGCCGCGACAUCGACCCCCGAGCUCGACGUUUCCAAGCUCCAGGCCCUCCCCGCCGAACAGCAGGAGCUCUUCCUGCUCACCUUCGUGUCUACCCUUUCCAAGCACGUCCUGAGCCUGUCCGCCGAUGACUGCACCGCCCAGCAGUUCUACCUGAAGAAGGAGAUCUUUCAGAUCAUCAACCUCCCCUCGCCCCAGCCGAGUCGCGUCGUCAGGAACAACCUCGGCAAGUGUCUCGCCCACAUUUUUGGCAAUGGCGACCGCAAGCUCCUCUUUGAGACCAUCAACGACUUGGUCGCUAUCAUUUCCGGCGUUAGGUCAAAGACCGAUGCCAGCCCGCGCACGAAACACGCCGCUGUCGCUUGUCUGGGCGACGUGUAUGGGUCUGCCGGCGACAGUGCCAUCGGGUUGCACCCGUUUGCUUGCACUACGCUCGUCAAACUGCUCAAAUCGUCGUCCAACAAUGCAGGCCUGCGCGCUGCCGUUUUUACGUCUCUGGGCAAGAUCAUCAAGAUGGUGGAAGGGAGCAUAGACGAGAAUAUUGCGAGGGAUAUUUUCAAGCAGUCGCGCAGCUACGCCACCAGUGACAAGGGCUCGCUGGUCGUCGUCUCCGCGUGUCGAUGCCUGAGGGCGUUGGUGCGGCACACGCCGUAUUUUGAGAACUCGAACGAUUUCGAGAAGCUGCAGGCGGCCAUCUUCAAGGUUUUUGACUCGUCUUCGUCUCAGGUCAGACACGCGGCUGCGGAGGCGCUGGCCGAGGCCAUGGUUAGAGGAUAUUCCGAGACCGGUGUCGCGGAUGGCGCUCCGUUGGCGAAGGCCAAGAAGUUCACCAAGAAGCCUCCCAAGCGCACUGGUACGCCGGCCAGUAUGGUGGCAGACGAUGAUGAGCUGCCCACGUCCCGACCGGGUAGCCCCGCUCCUGGAGGGAAGAGAGCGCAGGAUCUAGCGCUUUCGCUGGCCGAUAUCUUGAAGGUUCUUUCAACGCAAUAUACGAAGAUGGCGACCUCCAACAAAGCUAGGGCCGCCAUCGGCGUGUGCUACGGUAAGGUGCUUAGGAAGCUCGGAGAGAAGACUGUGGAGGUUCACUAUCUCAGGAUUCUCGAGAACUUGACCAUUGAUCUGAUUGGGCAGCCCAACAUCCUCAACAACCGUUACCGACUCCUCAUCUCGAGGCGCAUUGUCGACACCAUCCUUCAAGACAUUAUUGGACAGAAGAUUCUAGGCGAGUCCGGGCAGAUUGCGGCCGCCAAGCUCAUUAUCAACGAGAUUCUCAAGAACUACCCGCAAGCUCUGGUGGAGCGCUCGGAGCCGACGAAGCAUACUUUGAUCGCAGCUCUCGGCGCGAUAGCUUCUCUCAUCAACACCCUAGGCUCCGCAGCAAACAACUUCGCGGAGCCAUGCAGAGACGGCCUCCUCGGGGUUCUGCAACACCCCAGCUACUCAGUUCAGGUGCAUGCAUCUUCAUGCAUGAAGGCUUUUGUCCUGGCCUGCCCCCAGCAGCUUCUGCCCUGCUUGUCGGUUUGCAUGAACAGCCUUAGCAGAGAGCUGUCUCUGCUUACCAGCGGGCGAAACUCUCCUCGUCGAUGCGUCGGCUUCGCCCACGGCCUGGCAGCUACCCUCAGUGCAAGCCCUGCAAGGCCGCUGCAUGGAUCGGUCGACAUCAACAGCCGUGUUUUGACGAUGGCCACGAAUCUCCUCAAGUCCAGUGGACAAUCGGAACUGAGGGUCUCUAGUACCCAGAUCCAGGUUGCGUGGAUAUUGAUUGGCGGUCUCAUGUCCCUCGGACCCAACUUCGUCAAGAUUCACCUUUCCCAGUUGCUGUUGUUGUGGAAGAACGCGCUGCCGAAGCCUCUGUCGAAGGACAACACAGCUCAUCGGAGUCUCCUCGAAGCCUCGUUCCUGACACAUGUGCGAGAGUGCGCCUUGGGAUCAAUCCUGUCGUUCCUGCAAUUCAACACUCGGCUGUUGACGGUUGACGUUUCCAAGCGCAUAGCAACAAUGUUGCAGAACACGUCAGCCUUCUUGAGAACGCUGCCAUCCAAGAAGAUCACCGACGAUGUGUCGCAAAGACUGACACCCGCGCUCCAAUUGCACGACCUCGACAUGAUGGUCCAGCGUCGAGUGCUUCAGUGUUACAUCAAGCUGGUGAACCUUAGCCCAGCCGGCGGCAGCGAGGCGCUGCUGCAGUCCAACUUGCUCACCAUUGCAAUCUCGCUCUUUGCUGACCCGGAGAACUACUCUGCCAACUCUCUCAGCGCAUCUAUAGCUAAUGCCGCAGCCACGUUUGAGACCGUGUGGGAUGUUGGCGACAACUCCGGCUUUGGUAUCACUGGCUUGAUCUCAGGCUUCAAAAUCAAGGGGCUUCCAGGACAGCAGGACAAUUUCAUAGAAGGAACGCCCCUCGAAGAAGACAGCCCGGAAGAGACCAUAGAUCGUCUGUUGCUGUCUCCAGUUUGCGGUACUCUGGAGCACGACGCGUCCCUCCUUUACGUCGGUGAUACAACCUCAGAGCUGACGAUUCCCGACCCUCCGGCCACUGAAGUUAUCAACAUGGCGAUUCAGUUGUUUGCCUUUGUCUUCCCGCUGACGCCGCCCAAGGUCCAGGAGAGCGUUCUCGAGCAGGUCAAGACGUUCAUGUCAGCCGGCUCGUUGCUAAGAGACCCCGGCAGGAAGGCUGCCAUCAACGUCAAUGUUUCGGUCGCGGUUCUGUCUACUUUGCGAGUUGCGGUGAAGGAGACACAGUCUUCUCCUGGUAACGUUACCAAUCUCGCCGUGGAGAGGCUUCUCCAGGAUAUGCUACGUGAUUUCGUCAUUGAUGGAGACCAGUACGUUCGAAGCAUCGGUUACGCCGCAGUCGCGAGACUUUGUAACGCUUGCGGCAACGCCUUUACCAACCACGAGAUCAAGUACCUUGUCGACACCAUUGUCAGCAACCGUGAGCCUAGUGCCCGCGCGGGUUGUGCAAUGGCUCUGGGGUCGAUCCAGACCAAGGUUGGUGGUAUGGCGGCUGGCUAUCACUUGAAGACGAUUCUCGGUAUUCUCAUGUCGCUCUGCAACGAUCCUCACCCAACGGUUCAUUUUUGGGCUUUGGAGGCCUUGGCUCUUGCUUCUGAUGCCGCUGGGUUGAGUUUCGCAGGGUAUGUUCCCAGCACGCUUGGGAUGCUGGCACAGCUUUACGUCUCCGACACGCACAACCCCGAGAUCUCUUCCGCCAUUACCAUGAACCUUGAGAUGGAAUUGUCAACAACGGCUGCCAUCACACGAUGCGUCGAUUCUCUCAUCAACGUCCUCGGUCCCGAUCUGCAAGACUCUACCAAGUCACGAGAACUUAUCCUUAACCUCGUCAGCCAGCUCCAGGAAGAGGAUGACCUGCUUGUCCAGCGAGCUUGCUUGAGCUGCCUUGAGCAUCUCUCGCUGUAUGCCCCAGGAUACAUGAACUUUGAGGAGUAUGUCAAGACGCUCCAGAAGUACCUGAACUCGGAGUAUCCUAUUUUGCGGGACGUUGCUGUCGACGGCCUCUACAACAUCAUGAAGAGAAAUCCAAACGAUGUUAUCGGUGCUGCUGAGAAGGGCUUUGAGGACCAGCUGUGGCUGGUCCUUGACACCACGCCGACGCACGACGGCAUCCGCAACAUUCUCCGCAACUGGAUGCGACAGACCUGUCUCACGGACACUGGCAUAUGGCUCACCCGGUUCCAGAACGUGCUCAAGAUGACGAGAGCCAAGGCAACCGAGGAAUCUCACUCUUCGAACAAAGGCUCAGGGGGCAUGCCGGACUUGCAAGAUGAGGAAGUCGCCGGCUUCGCUGCCGCCGCUGGAACUGCCAAGGACGACCAGGACGGUAAGGCCGGGUCCGAAGUUGAACCUCUCCGAUGGCAGGUUACUACAUUUGCGAUCAGCUGCAUCAACGACAUGUUCGUCUUCAUUGCGAAGGACGUAAUGACUAAUGGCGAGUCUGCCGCUCAGUUGGCGCUCCAGAACAAGAUUGCCGAUGUUGUUCGGAUGGCCUUUUCCGCGUCCACGUCGAGCGUGCUGGAGUUGCGCGUCUGGGGUCUCAAGAUCAUCGGCGCCGUCCUCAAGAUGUUUGGCAGGACGCCUGAUCCUGACUUUGAGGAGGCGAUGCUUCUGGAGCAGUACCAGGCUCAGAUCAGCUCGGCGUUGACGCCCGCCUUCGCUGCGGAUUCGUCUCCUGAGCUUGCCUCCGAAGCGGUCAAUGUCUGCGCCGGCUUCAUUUCGACCGGCAUUGUCACGGACAUUGACAGAAUGGGCCGUAUUCUCAAGACCCUCGUGUCCGCCCUCGAGAAUUUCUCAAAGGACAACGAGAACGCGGGAAUCGGCGACCUGAAGGGUCUCAGCUCCAACGCGCAAGUCAUGGUCAAGAUGUCAGUUUUCUCAGCUUGGGCCGAGUUGCAGGUCGCCAGCUCUGAGCAGAAGUACUUGCUCGACGUGCUGAAGCCACACAUUGGAACGCUCACGCCGCUGUGGCUCGAGUCAUUGAGAGAAUUUGCUCGUUUGCGCUUCGAGCCUGACAUCUCAAUGACCCUGGGGCCACCUUCUCUGUCCGGCAGUCUCGAUACGAUCUACGCUGCGCUGAACCGGGAGACUCUGCUCAAGUUUUACCAAGACUCCUGGCUCAAGCUUGUCGACGCCAUUGCCAGUCUGAUUGAGCAGGACAGCGAAUUCGUCUUUGAUGCACUGGAUGGAAAGGAGUCCGAGGGACUCAACACCAACGGUAACACCAAAGGACCUGAUAUCAACUACCGCGAUGAGCCUGUCGCCUUCUUCUUCGUCUUGUUCGGAAUUGCGUUUGAGGCUCUCGCAACGCGUCCCGGACAAAGCGAUUCGCUAGCCACCCAGGAACAAAACUUGGCUAUCCUGCAGGCCCUCAAGAAGAUUCUCCACCCCAGCGUGUCUGGCCAUGCCAUCUACAGAGAAGCAAUCUUUUCGGAAACUAUGGACCUCCUUGACCGACUUGUCCUGACGGAAGGACUCGACGUUCAGGGUGUCAUUGUAGAGAUUGCAAGGGCCCUUUGCGUCUCCCACCCGUCUGCGCGUAAAAAGGGCUCAGGCGACGACGGUGACCUGUCCGACGAUAUAGACCAGCUCUUCGAGCUCACCCGCAUCAUUGUCCUUGUUCUCUCUGGCCUGCUGCCCAACCUAACGGAAGCAAACCAGCCCGUCCGCCACCAGAUGACGGAGGAAGCGGUGCUGUUGAUCCGCUCAUCUCUGAACGCCCUCGUCGACGCCGCCGAGGUGUUCCCUUCCAUCAUCAAAACGGAUCUUCAUGCUUGCAUCAUCCAUAUCCUGGCCACUAUCCUCGCGACGCCAGGUUGCCAGGAGGUGAUUGUCCCGCAGUCCCUGCCCACUUUGAAGCGCUUCGUAGCAAGCAUGACCAAAUCAUCCACCGCCAGGACCAACGGCGACGGCCCGACGCCUACAGACGUCCAGGUGCAGGGCUGCUUGCGUCGAUUCCUCUCCAUCUAUCUCAAUGCACAGAAGCGCGAGGUCCCCACGUCUCUGACGUGCGUCAAGAACUGUCUGUUGGCGAGCACGAUACUGUUUACCGGCGGCACGAAUCACUUGGCGGCGAACGAUCCGCUUGUGGCAAGGUACCUCGACGAGGUCAUUGAUUGCCUCACGGACCGCAUGACGGCCAAAAUCGCAGCAAACUGCAUCAGAUCCCUGCUCCUGCAGGCGAACCCCACGCCGGCAGACCACACCAUUGCACGCUACCUCCUUCCGCGCCUAGUCGCAUUCGUGACUAAUACGGCGCCGGAGGACCCCGAGAACGCCCGCUCGCUGAUCGCGCACUCGCUCAGCCAGUACGUGGGCAUCGUGCCCCGGGACCGCAUCCCCGUGGCCAUGGCGCUCGUGCUCCCUACCUGCCUCGCACGUGCGUCGUCGGAAGGCGAGGACGCAUACAGGGAUACCAGCGCUAGACUGUUGGAGCUGGCGGCCGUGGACCAGAACGCGUUUCGGACCGUCGUGGCCAGCAUGAGCGACGGACAAAAGGCUUUCCUGGAUGAGGUCAUCAGGUGGGGCCGUCAGCAGGGAUCGUCGGAGCAGGCGUCGACUGGUGCGACUGGACAGCCCAGCAUUGCUCUAAAGAUGGAUUUUGGCGGUUGA